UGCUACUAGGGCUGCAUAUAAUACAUUCUAGUGCUGCAAGGCAGAGGGAGCGAUGGGGCGUCACUUGCUCCUUUAUCUGGGCUAUUUCUUGGCAGACCAAAAUGAGACCGCUGCAGCGGGGUACGGGGGACUGAGCUGGGGCCAAAGGAAGCCUGCCAACACCAUCAGCUGGCAAGCCUGAGGAAAAGUGGAGCUUGGUUUGUGCCCCAUUCCAGUUCCCCACCUGUCUCUACUCCUUUCUCCCAUUUCCCUGGCUCGGCCAGACUGUCUCCCUAGGCGCCUGCCUCCCCUGGAGGGCGGGGCUUGGCUGCACCCACGUGUGGCAGAGUUAUAUGCUCCUAGCGGAGAGAAGAGCUGGGAGUGUGGAACCAGCUGGCUCAGGCAGAAACGCGGCACCAUGGCUGGCAAGAAAGUCUGCAUUUUAGGCUCUGGCAACUGGGGUUCAGCCAUCGCCAAGAUUGUGGGUGGCAAUGCAGCCAAGCUGGCACACUUUGACCCACGGGUGACCAUGUGGGUGUUUGAGGAAGACAUCGGGGGCAGAAAGCUGACAGAGAUCAUCAACACACAGCAUGAAAACGUCAAAUACCUGCCAGGGCACAAGCUUCCCUCCAACGUGGUGGCUGUCCCAGAUGUGGUCCAGGCUGCAGUGGAUGCUGACAUCCUGAUCUUUGUGGUGCCCCAUCAGUUCAUCAGCAAGAUCUGUGAUCAGCUCAAGGGCCACCUGAAGGCAAACGCCAUCGGGAUGUCUCUUAUUAAGGGUAUAGACGAGGGCCCCAACGGGCUGAAGCUCAUCUCUGAAGUGAUUGGGGAGCGGCUUGGCAUCCCUGUGAAUGUGUUGAUGGGGGCCAACAUUGCCAACGAGGUGGCUGAUGAGAAGUUUUGUGAGACAACCAUUGGCUGCAAGGACCAGGCCCAGGGACAGCUUCUGAAAGAGCUAAUGCAGACACCCAAUUUCCGCAUCACGGUGGUGCAAGAGGUGGACACAGUAGAGAUCUGUGGGGCCUUAAAGAAUGUAGUGGCCGUGGGGGCUGGCUUCUGCGAUGGGCUGGGCUUUGGCGACAACACCAAGGCAGCGGUGAUCCGACUGGGCCUCAUGGAGAUGAUCGCCUUCGCCAAGCUCUUCUGCAAGGGCCCUGUGUCCUCUGCCACCUUCUUGGAGAGCUGUGGUGUUGCUGACCUCAUCACUACCUGCUACGGAGGGCGGAACCGCAAGGUGGCCGACGCCUUUGCCCGCACAGGAAAGUCCAUUGAGCAGCUGGAGAAAGAGAUGCUGAAUGGGCAGAAGCUACAGGGGCCCCAGACAGCCCGGGAGCUACACAGCAUCCUCCAACAAAAGGGCAUGCUAGAUAAGUUCCCUCUGUUCAUGGCUGUGUACAGAAUAUGCUACGAGAGCCAGCCUGUGGGUGAAUUCAUCCGCUGCCUGCAGAAUCAUCCAGAACAUCUGUGAGCAGGGCUGUGGCCCAGGCCAGGCAGUUUCUUUACCCCAGUGGAGACAGGCAGAAGCUUGUGUACCUGGCCACCGAGAUAUUUGGGACCCCCCCCCCCCCCCCCCACGCCAGAGCAGCCUCUUCUCAGCUUUUCACCCGACAGGAAGUUGUAGGGCCCAGCGACCUGUCUGGAGACCCUGAACCACCAAGCAGCCUGCAGCCUCUUGCCACAUCUCAGCAGAAAUGGAGAGGCCUCGCUCCUCCCCAGAUGUGGCGCUUUCUCCCUGUCCUCUGGGAAGGCCCAGUGCUGCCUGCUUUGGGUGUGUAUGGUGGAGGGAGAAGGAAGUAAGGCCACAGGUGCCCCCUGCUGCUUCACACAGAACAGGAGUCCUGUCCCAAGCCCAGUUAAGUAGCUAAAGAACUAUCUCAGCCGCAAGAGGGAUGAGGCAAGGGCUGUCAGAGAGGGGUCUGGGCUUUCGAGCUGACAUAGGGACUCCUUUGCUCUGUCUGACCUCUGCCAGGCCCUGCACAGCAUCAAUGGAUCUCAGUGUUAACAAAAUACAAAGAUCUCAACCCCC